CCUCACUUCUCCGGCCCUUCGUGGGGGAGGGGAUGCGGACGGGGCGGGCCUUUGGAAAUGCAGAUGAGUCGCCUCCUGCAGCUCGGCGCCCGGGCUGAACCUUCGUGACUCAUCCACCUUCCCCCCGCCCCCCCGCCCCAAUUCAUUCUACUCUAAGCUUAGCAGCUGGAAAAAGGGGAGACAUUUGCUCACGACCGGAGAAGAGGUAUCCCCAACGUUGACCGUCUUUUUUCGGACAGCAGAAACAGGUCCAGUUUGACUCUGACAAUCUUCCCGCUAAGGUAGGUGUGAGCCCUUUCCCGGCCUGAGACGGAGAUUUGGGGGGCUUUGGCCUGGAGCCCAGGGAGGGCGGGCAUCCUAAACCCGCUCGUCUGGUUCUGCAGCCCCUCCCCCCCCCACAGAUGUGUGGGAUCGUGUGUGUGAAAUCGACUGCCUGCUGGGCCUGCUUGGUCCAUCCAUCCCCGCCUGUCAGCUUCUGUUGUCAGGAGUUUGGGGCGUGCAAUUCUCUGCCGUAUUUAGCAGCAUAGGAGAGGCUGCACUUGCAAGUAUUUCCCAGUUGUGUGUUUUGUGGUGGGGGGAGGGCCCUGAAUGCCUCUUCUGAAAGGCACAGUCGGCUGCCAGGAAACCCGGCUGAGCACUGGCCCUCCCUUCCGGCCCUCAGUGGGGCGUGUGGGGUGACUGUAUGAGCUGGCCUCUUCUCUGAUGUCUGGCUGCUAGGGAGGUGAACAACAGAAGAACCUGAGAUCUGGGCCAGCUUCCUUUAAGAAAGAGGCCUCAUGACUCUUCCCUUUCCAGGGAAUUCCCAUAAUUCUGUUUCAUCCCCUGCCCCCCAAAAAAGCCCUAUUUCUAGAAUUGGACAAACCCAGAUUUGAAACCGGGCUAGCCAUUUUACCUAUGACCUCACGUAAGUUGCAGUCUCUGAGCCCAAGUUUCCUUCUUUGCACAAAUGGGAUAGUGAUUCUUGAAGUCGAGUGUGCAUCCAAUUCAUGAGAAUCAGCUCCAAGGCCUGGUCCCCAAGUUUCUGAUUCAAUAGGUGGGGUCUGAGAACUUGCAAUUCUAACAAGUUCCCAGGUGAUGCUGAAGCUGUGCUGUGGAGACACAUUUUGAGGACCUUUGAGCUAGGUGACACCUUGAAGCCCCCAAGCUCAUUGGCUUGGGGCAGAGUGGUCUGUUUUGUGGUAACAGUCACCGCCUCCUUAUUCUCCUAACACAAGCCGACUGUGUACAGUUUCCCAUCCUCUUUAUCUCCAGGAAGCGCCACAGCUGGAGAUAGUACGGCCCUUGAUCUCUGACCCCUUCUCUCUGAUUACCUUGGUGAACCAUUUGGGUCCGGGUGCUGCCAAUUGCACUCCUCCCCCAUUUGGGCCCAGGCUUGGCUUCCAAGUCUGAUCAGCCCUGUUCUCUUUAACCCCACCCCUCAGCGUAGGGGCUAAACUGUGUAUUGGGGGAGCCAUAGGGCUUGAUCUGGAGAUUCCAUUGGGGGCAUCUUGGUGCUUAACGAAGGGAGGCUCUAGGUUCGGCAGCUGUGGGCUUGACUCUCCGCUGUGCUGGUGACCUUGGGCGAGUCCCCUGUGUAAAGCGAUGAUAAUGAAGUCUGUUGUAAAGGGUGGAGGAUUAAGUGCGAUUAAGGGAGCUGGCCUCACGUUCAGGCUUCACUCUAGUUGGCUUCCAUUCGGUGUGGCUGGUGGGGGCUGGACUUCUUUCAAGCUCCUCCCUGACCUGCCCACCCCAAGCACGUGGCAAUGCCUCAGGGCAAAGGGGAAGAUUGACUUUACAGGCUGGGAGCCAGCCCGGUUUUUCCCUCUAGUAUCUGAGUUGGGAAGGUGGCCUUUCCCCAUUUUCACAGGCUGUUCCAUGAGAGGUCAUGAUUUGGGGUCCCCCCCACCCGGAGAGUAGAAGUGACUCACCCAAGGUCACGAGGCCACCACUGGCAGGCAGCCAGGAUGGGAUUCCAGGUGUCUUGACUUCCAGCCCAGUGCCUGUGUCCAUGGUCCCGCUCAGCCCAGCUGUCUAAGUUAUUUUGGGCUCCCUCUCAUGCCAGCUGUCUGCUGGCAUCACUGCCCAAGAGCUGGAAAAGCUAUCUGGUUGAAAGUAACCAGUGUGGUGCUUUUGGCUCCUUCUUGCCGGCCAUGCCUUGGCUCCAUGGAGGUCUCCAGUCCCAGAUAAGCUGGGUUUGGUAUCCUGUCCUUUGCUGGGGGGUAAGGGGUACAGCCCACCGGACUCCCUCCCUCUACCCAGUGUGAGCACUUUGUAAAAGCAGGUGAGGCUCACAUAAUAAUGAGCCCCAUGAGCCUCUUCCCUCCUUCCACACUUGCCUCAAUCCUGCAGUUUAACUUCGGCUCUGCCAUUGACGAGUUCAUUCAACCCCCUGGAUCUGCCCCUCUUGACUUCUGCCACCUGAGGUUGUCCUGCAUCCCUUCUUAAAGAGUCUUUAGGGCUCUGUAGGGUAGGAGUCUGCCUACUCUGGGCACUGGACAGUUAAAGUGAUUUCCCUCCCAGCAGCAGCCUGAAGGGCUACAGCCAGUUUCUCUACUCCCGUUUCUCCACUCCCGCCCUCAGACCAAUUAGGGAGCAAUUAGGUGCUCAGCUGUGGUCUGGGUGUUUCCUGGAAGGGAGCGAUGCCCCCACAACCUGCACCACCUUCCUGCUUCCUUUCCUCUUUCACCCCCUCUUUUUGAUUUCUUUGUCCCCCACGCCAGUAUCACCUCUGUGGAGAGAGGGGCGGGGCAGCCUAUCUGUCCUCUUUGGGCCCAGAGGGUGGCUCCGCCCUGAUCACCCAGUGAGCUCGGGGCGGGGCUGCUCCUGGCGCCCAGCUGGUGGAGCCUGCCCUGAGAGGGCCACGCCAGCGGAAGGGCUGGGGAGGUGGCUGGACCUGCCUUACGACUGGCCGCCUGGGUCCCGCCCCUUCCGGCCCAUCUUCCGUGGCCUGGAAUCCGACCUUUUGGACCCUGUGUGUGGAGACUCAGCCUCUGCCUGGACUGUGGAGAUGGGCAGCCCGCCAUCUCAGAGGCCGCCUGGGUCCAGUAUUGUCUCCAGCUGGUUGGUGACCUAGGCAGUUUCCCACCCCUCCAGGAGUCAUGGUCUCCCCCAUGUUAGCCAGGAAGAGGGAGUUGCUGGAUAACCUUUUAGCUGUUUCCCAGUAUGGCUUUGUGCAGGCAGCUUUUUGUACUCCAGCAGUGACUCCCCGACCCCACCACCAAGUGCUGAGGCCUGGAGGGAAUCUUGGAACAGGGAUAGAUAACCUUGACAGCACUCCCUGCCAGGGCCACCUCCCAUCUCUGGGACCUCAAGGAAGGUUCAGUCUCUGUCUCACAUGAGGUGGAUGAUAUCCCAGAGUGUUCUGAUGCUCCUGGGAAGCAGAAGCCUCAAGCAUUGAUGUUGAUUUCCCCAUCCUAACUUAUACUGGCCAGACUUUGCCCUGACAAGACAGAAGUGGACCUGCCCAUAAUAGAGCCCAGGCCUAAAUUUAUUUGUUCAUUCCCAUAAAUGUCACCUGCCAGCUCUCCUAGGCUUCUGUGUCUAAAUAGCUCUGUGGCAAGCUCGAAUUUAAAGAUGCUUUCUUACCCUCCUAAAUCUCUCCAGGAAUUCCUGGUGAAUAGAGGAAUGACACCGGUCCUCAGAACAUCUCGCAGGCUGGAGUGAAUGACACAGUUUGCUCAGAGUGGGUGACCCUUCUAAGUGAAAUCUCCCAAGGUUCCUCCAGGUGAGGCAGUCUUACUCUCCCAGCCACUCCCUGAGCUUCGGGGUCCCUGAUGCGGGGCAAGCCUGAGGCAGCCAAAGGGAAGAGGCUUGUGCCUGGCUCAAAGGUAAGUGCUUCCCCCGCUCCCUCCAAGCCCUCUUCCAUCCUCUCCCUCCCUAAGUGAUGCCCCCCCCCUCCGCUCCAGUGGUCCUGAGGAAUCUCACUUCUGACAUGUAUUUGGACCUGUUUCCCUCCUCUUUUGCUAGCUUCCAGCUGCCACUGUGCACCCCAGCCCUGUCCCAGCCUCACCAGCCAAUCACAGCUCCUCCCUGGUCAUGGGAAAAGCUUUGUCUGGGCUCCUCUCCUGUUAAGAGCCUCUGUCCAGCACCCCUCUUGAGCCUGGCAACCAGGCCUCCACGAUCUAACCCUGGUUACUAACUUGACAAUCAUGUCUGGCCUCCCUCACUCCCCAGCCACUGCCAAACCUGAUAUGAUGUCUAGCCACCAUACACUUACCCAGGCUGGGUACCCAUCCUACUUCUGCUGGCCUUUCCUGCCAGCACUGACAAGCUUGGUUCAUGUGCUGCCUGCCUCUCAACCUUCUCUGAACCCUAGAGGCUCUGGUGUCUAAAUUGUUCACAUCUCAGAACGCUUCCCCCAAGACUGAGUUCCUCAGAGGCAGGAACACAAUUCCCUCUCAAUAAACUUGUGCUGCAAAAAAGGAAUGAAUGGAUGGCUGUUAAUUCGUCCAGGAGUGCUUGACCCAGCAAAUGUCUUCUGGCCCAGGGACAGGAAAAGGCUUUCCACUUAACUACUUUGAGCUGGCCCUUCUCUUCCCAGCGCUGGGCUCUUUGGGGACUUCCAGGGGUGGUCGCUGCUGCCAUCUGGUGAUCAGAUCAGGCCUUGCAGCUGUUGAAAACCUCCACCUGGCAUUUAUGGAACUGCCAGGUUGGCAGUUUCCUUUCCGUAGUAGAGUUUACCUGAUCCUUGUUGAGAACUUGGAAGUGGGGAAUCUUCCAGGUGAAGUGGGGUUAAGAAGAUCCUGAGUGCUGCCAGCCCUUUCCUGAGGGAACUACUAGUGGUCCUACCCAGCUGGGAAAGACCUCUCUCGCCUAGCCAUGUCUGGGUACUUGCUUGGCAUGUACUUGCUCCAGGGGUUCCCUCUGCCACUCCUGACCUCUGGGCAAAAGACAGCCCGAGGUCGCAAGGAGGUAAGGGUUGGAAGGCAGGGGUGAUCUCAGCCAGCCAUCCUGAGAGUACCUGUCCAGGGCCAAGGCUCAAUAAAUAGCUUUGGUGAGGAGUUGGGAGGGAUGGGGAGAGAGCUUGGGAUUAAGGAUGUGUGUGGCUGCUGGCUGAAGAACACAAAUUUCUUUGUGGGAGAGGGGUUGUUAGUCUCCAAAGUGGGCAGAACAGGGCCCAGCUGAUCUCAACUAGAUCUACCCUCGCUUUCCCCGUUCCCUCCUCGACGAAGUCUUGCUUGGUUCACGGUUCUGGGCCUUGCUAGAAAGAGGCUUCAGCUUGCGUGGUUUGGGGCCAACCCUCGAAAGGGUAUUGUUCUGGGGCCGCUCACCUGUUUCCAAAUUCGCGGCGCCGAGGCAAUCGCCCGGCAGAGGGCGCCAGACCUCCACCUUUGGGGGCGGAGUGAUAGGUAAGCGUAACUGCUGAUCCCCGCACACAAGCAGGUAUCUGAUGGGCAGACACGACCUCCAUACCCUGAUCUUCCCUGGCACCGCCGACGCUACUUUCUUGGGGGAGAGGUCAGACUUCCCCUAGGCCACCUAGUUGGGGCGGGGCAAAGCUGAGAGCUUGAGAUCUAGACUCCUCGAACCCGCUGGGAGACAAUCCGCCAAUCAAAGGGUCCUUGUCGGAUUGGAGGAGGCCGAGUCGGCCUAUCAGAGGGUCCGUGCCCGAAGACAGUCUGCCAAUCAAAGGUGCUGGGUAGGGAGGAAUGGAAACGUCGUAUCUUGCCGGUUGGGGGCGCGCCGUGACUAGUGGGGGGGGAAUAGGAGCUGCGCUUGCGGCUGAGCGCUUUUUCAGUUGCCUCAGUUUCCCUGGGAAUGAAAAGUGAAGACUGGCCUGAGACCCUAGCAGGAAGGAAACAGGCUGGGAGGUCGACCCGGUUGACUGCCUGGCGGAGGUGGUGUCUUUUUCCGAGGGCGGGGCUCAUUUUAGCCCCGCCUCCGGGCCCGCCCCCGCUUCGUUCGCUCAACCCCAGCGCUCUUCCCUGCGCGCUGCCGCCAGUGCUGCCGGCUGCGGGCUAUGGACACCCCUGGGGCCCCGGCCCCGACCGCCGCGCCAGGCCCGGGCCGGAAGGAGCUGAAGAUUGUGAUCGUGGGCGAUGGCGGCUGCGGCAAGACUUCAUUGCUCAUGGUGUACAGCCAGGGCUCCUUCCCCGAGGGCAGGAAGAUUAUGACCGGCUACGGCCCCUGUCCUACCAGAACACCCACCUCGUGCUCAUCUGCUACGAUGUCAUGAACCCCACCAGCUAUGACAACGUUCUCAUCAAGGUGAGGCCCACCUCCCAGCCCACCAGCCCGUGGAAAAGGGGCCACAGAUGGGGCCCCAACCCUGAUGCCCAGCCUCUCCUUCUGCAGUGGUUCCCUGAGGUCACACAUUUCUGCCGUGGGACCCCCACGGUGCUCAUCGGCUGCAAGACAGACCUGAGGAAGGACAAGGAACAGCUGCGCAAGCUCCGGGCAGCCCAGCUGGAGCCCAUCACCUACAUGCAGGGCCAGAGUGCCUGCGAGCAGAUCCGAGCUGCCCUCUACCUGGAAUGUUCUGCCAAGUUUCGAGAGAACGUGGAGGACGUCUUCCGAGAGGCCGCCAAGGUUGCCCUUGGUGCUCUGAAGAAAGCACAGCGGCAGAAAAAACUCCGGCUGUGCCUGCUGCUUUGACACAUCCUGGUGGGGCACACGGCCCUCAGGAUUGAACUGACAGGGCCUGGGUCCCCAGGCCCAGACUGCUUCCCAGACGCUGCCCCUCCCCAGCUCUUGAAGAGCACUUGGAAUCUGGUGUCUCCAGUGCCUGGUGUCUGGAGCCUGUGGCUAGGUUCUUAGAACUUUCUGGAACUCUCUCCUUUCCCAGCUGGGGCUCUGGCCAUGAGCCCCACUCUGGACUCAUGGGAGCUGUGGCCUGUGUGGUGGUGAUGGGUAAGGAGGCUGGACUCCGAGUCCCUCUGUACCCUGGAACCAGCUCUUGUCCCCAGGACUCAGGAGUGCCCGCAUCACAACCUCCCCCCAGCUGUGUGUUCCCCUCUGCACACCCAGUAGGUCCUCAAAGGCUAUGCUUGAAGUGAAAAAUGACGUCUGGUAUGUGGGUAAAUGAGAAACUUGGCAGCAUUCCACAUGGCCCCCAAGUGCUUUCCCAAGUCACCCACCUCCCUGGACUCCUGAGAUAGGCAUGGCUGCAUCCUUCAGCUUCUGGCUUCCUCCUCCUAGGAAUCCAGGCUACCGCCACGAUGGGACUGGGGCCUAUCAGAAGAACACAGGCACCAGCCCCCUCCUGCCCUUCCUCCUCCACGCCUCACAGAAGACUUCAGUCUCAGCCUUUGGCUUGGCUGCCACCUCUCCAGAGCUGGGCAUAUACAAAGGCAAAAGGAACUUCCCAAAGAGCAAAAAGUAUUUCCUGGACAGUCCACCUGACCCCUGCUCAGCGUCUCCUCCCCUGCAACCCCUCUUCUCCAACUACUUGCCAGAUGAAAAGGGACAUCAGCUCCAAGUGAUCUUGGGCAAGUCAGGCUCUCUAGGACAGUUUCGCUACCUGCAGCAGGACGGCACUGGCUCAUUAACUAGUCAUCAAGCUCUCCACUGUCCCUCCCAGGCUCCACUUCUGUCAAGAUAGGGAGAUCUGAAACCAAGGCCAUCCUGGCGCCCUUCGUUUACAGACUUGAUCAACACCCAGCACACAUUCUCUGAAUCUCCUGAAAGGUCUGAGGUCACGGGCCCAGGAGUUUUUAAACAAGUGCCCCAGGUGAUCCUGAUGCCCCAGAGAUUGAGGGCUGGUGGCUGCCGAGUUAGCUCAGGAAUCAGUGCUAAGAGGAGGUAACAGCUUCAGGGGCUCCUGCCUCAGCCCCUCCUUUGCCCAGUGCGUUGGUCCACUGGGCCUGAGAAAGAGACUUCCAAAGUCCAGCCCACCCUACCUAGGUUCCCCAAGGCCUUGCGGACAAACAGUAGUCUAGGACAGAGGUCCACAAACAACUGUGGGCCAAAUCUGGCCACCUAUUUUUGUAAAUAAAAGUUUUAUUGAAACACA